AUGUAUUAUUAUUUUGAGGAGAGAGAAAAUUAUUCUACAGUUUAUUUUAAAAAUCUUUGUACGCAAAUAAUAAGAAUGCCUAUCUCAAAAUAUAGAAUGGUUUUUUGUGGUUAUCAAGGAGUUCACGCACGAUUCAAAGAUAGAUUAGAAAAAGUUAAAUUUGGUGUACCAAUGGCAUGUGCAUUUCAAUCUGGUGAUAUACCAGGACCAUUACUUGUAUUACUUUUAAAAGUUAAUAAAGAAGGUCCAUUAAGAAAAGAUAUUUGGAGAGCUCCAGGUAAUCAAGCACAAGUGAAGAAAAUUGCUGCUAUAAUGAAAGGAGGUCGUAUGAUGAAUAUUUCAGACAUAAAUGUUUACACAGCUGCAUCUAUUGUUAAGAGAUUUUUGUCGAAAUUACCAGGAGGUGUAUUUGGUCCUGAAAAUGAACGUCUUCUUUUUGGUAUACUACACGAACCUGAUCCUGUUAAACAACGUGCUGUUUUUGCAAAAAUUAUUCAUGCCAUGGAUCCUGUAUCACAAAAUUUUAUGGUUCUCUUAUUUGGGACAUUUAGAAUAAUUGCUGAUUCUUCAAUAACAUUCGAUACUAGAAUGAAUCCUGAAGCUAUCGGCAUUUCUGUUGCUCCAUCACUUUUUCAUACAUGUAUCAAUGACACAAAAGCAAAAUUUGAUGAUGUAAGAAAAUUUAAACAAGCAUCACAUAUAAUUGCUAUUCUUAUUAAUAAUUUUGGUUUCACCGAUAUGUUCUCUCGUGAGUCCUAUGAAUACUACGCUAAAAUCACGGGUCGUACAAUUCGGGUAGAAGAAAACUGGAUGUUCUCAUUUCAAUAUCCAAUAAAAAAACGGAAUGAACGUCGCCAGAACUUAGGAACAUCACUUGGAGUAUUAAAUAUUAAUCAUAAUGAUACUGAAGGUGAAGGAUCAGAUGAUAAUAUUAUUUUACCUAUAGCUAAAAGAUCAACAUCUGCUUCAAUAGUAUUAAAUCGAAGUGCUAUUGGUGCUGCUUCUAUAACUGGGUGUGUUGAUCCGCAUCAUCAACCAUGCUGUUCCUGUGCUAGUGCUGAAAAACCACUUAGCUUAAUAUUCGGAAUCAUUGUGAGACGUCCCUCAUUUGAAAUGAAUAAAGAACAUUUUUUUGAUACAUGUAACAGUAUGGAUCAUGAAAACGACAAUGACAAUAAUCAAAUACUUAAUCUGGGUUCAAAUGUUAGUGUAUGUUCUAGUGUUCUUCGUUGUAAGAAUAAUUUUUCUAAAUCUAAAAAAAAUUCACAUUCUCAUCAAAAUAUUAAUCCUACAGAAUGUUAUUGUGAACCAUCAUCUGUUAAAGAUUCAAUAAAUUGUACAUGUACCAAUUCAAUAUACAAUAAUAUUAACAAAGAACUUUUAUCAAGUCGUAUUAGUACAUCACUUAAUGAAGGUAUUGAUAUGCCAAAAUAUCUUCUUGGUUAUGAUCGUAUUGUAAGAGAAGAUAUAGCUGCUGAAAAUUCAAGAUCUCUACAAAAUUUAGAAUAUGUUCAUACUUUACAAAAAGGAAGAAUGAAAAAUCGUUCACAAUGGUUUUUAAAUGGUAAAGCAAAUACUACAGAAGACAAGCAAGAAAAGACUAGUAAUUUUAACGAAAAUGGUCAAAAAUAUGAUAAAACUAAUAAUAUUACAAAUAUUGUCGCAAAUGAUAAUAUAAAAGAUGAUCGAGAAAUAUUUAAUGGAGAAACGUCAAAUUCAACAAAAAAAUAUAACAAAAUGCCACUUACAAAAACUUUAUCUGAUAAACCUAUAUUACUUUCAUCAUUAUGUAAUUCUACUUCAGGUAUAGAAAGACGUUCCUCCUGGAAAAAGCAUUAUUUCCGGGCACAAAAAUCACUUGACUCAAGUAUUGAAAAUAACAACAAAACUGAUGACAAUUUAACAUUUAAACAAGAUAAACCAAUACGUAGAAUAUCAACAUUAACUGGAUUUACAAGAUUAACAACUAAUGAAGACGACAACCAAAGCAAAUACAACAAAGUAACAUUGGUGCGUCGCAAAUCAUCAUCAUCAAUGAAAAAUAAAUCAUCAAAUUACUAUCCAACAUCAAAAUUAAUCUUUUCCAAAAAUUAA